GUACAACUCCAUCAUCCUCAGCUAGUUCGUUGUAUCUAUCUAUAGUUUCUAUUCUCUGAUCGAUCUCCAUAAAUGGGGAAAGCCUAUUUCCUGCAUCUUCCCAAUAUUCUUGUGCUCUUUUUGACUUUGGGUUAUGGCUAUGGCUAUAAUCGCAAUGAAUGCUUGCCCAGAAAAUGUGGGAAUAAUGGCCCUGAAAUCUCCUUCCCAUUUCGACUCAAAGGCAUUCAGCCCCCAGAGUGUGGCUACCCCGGAUUUGAGCUUUUAUGCACUGAUAAGGGAGAAACUGCCUUGGAGAAUCCUUUUCCACUUCUCAACGCCACCCUGCAACCUCCAUUUCCAGUAAAGUAUUUUAUAGAGGAUAUAGAUUAUGAAUAUCAUGAGAUUCUAAUAUCUCGGGUGGAUGGCUGCUUCCUACAACUGAUCCCCAUACUAAACUUAUCUGCUUCAGCUCCCUUCAGUUUCAAUGGUCUUUAUGACUUCAGCAUUUUCAGCUGCUCCACACACAGGAACAUCACUGCAGCCUCGAUUUAUAUAUCCCCGAUAGCCUGCCUUACCAAACCAGGCCAUUUCAUUUAUGCUGUGGCGUCUUCCGAAUAUCUCUACACUGCAACAGAUCUAAUUUCUUGCACAAAAAUGUUUCACAUUUCAUCAGUCCCCUACUACUUCACUGAAUUUAGUUUGAGCUGGACUGAGCCAAGUAGAGAUACAGGCCCACUGAGAAAAUUGAAGGUUGCAGGUGAGGUUCUUGGUUCGUUUCUUGUUGUGUUGAUCGCUCUUAUCACGUACCGUGUUUAUAGCUCGAAUAAAAUGAAGAAAGAGGAGCAAGUGAAGAUUGAAAGGUUCUUGGAGGACUAUAAGGCUCUUAAACCAGCAAGGUAUUCAUAUGCAGAUAUCAAGAAAAUUACAGACAGAUUUAGUGAAAGAUUAGGUGAAGGCUCCUAUGGUACAGUGUACAAAGGGAAGCUUUCCGAUGAUGUUUUUGUUGCUGUUAAGGCACUCAAUAAUUCCAAUGGAGAUGGAGAUGGGGAAGACUUUGUGAAUGAAAUGAGCACAAUUGGAAGCAUACACCACAUCAAUGUGGUCCGAUUGGUUGGCUAUUGCGCAGAUGGGUUCCAUCGAGCUCUUGUUUAUGAAUAUUUAGUGAAUAAUUCUCUUGAAAAGUUUUUAUUUUCACCAAAUGACACAAAUUUUCUUGGUUGGGAGAAAUUGCAGCAGAUUGCUCUGGGCAUAGCCAAAGGAGUUGAGUAUCUUCACCAAGGGUGUGAUCAAAGGAUACUGCAUUUCGACAUUAAACCUCGUAACAUAUUGCUGGACCAAAAUUUCAACCCGAAAAUCUCUGAUUUCGGUCAAGCAAAGCUGUGCUCCAAGGAGAAAAGCAUUGUCUCCAUGACCGCUGCAAGAGGAACCAUGGGCUACAUCGCACCAGAAGUCUUCUCCCGCAACUUUGGGAAUGUCUCGUAUAAGUCAGACGUUUACAGUUUUGGAAUGCUUUUGCUCGAAAUGGUGGGGGGAAGGAAAAAGAGUGAGAUUACUGAAUCACCUGAAACAAGGCAAGACUAUUUCCCAGAUUGGAUUUACAAUAUCCUAAACAGGGGAGAAGAAGUAGAGAUCCAAAUAGAGAAAGAAGAGGAUUCCAAAAUUGCAAAGAAACUGACAAUAGUUGGACUUUGGUGCAUUCAGUGGUAUCCUGUGGAUAGACCUUCAAUAAAGGUUGUGAUUCAGAUGCUUGAAGCUGAGGAGCCUCCCUCCAUGCCACCCAAUCCUUUUACUUCCACUGAUCCAUCAAAAGCUAAAGCUAACAAGCCAGGGAAACUCUUCACUAGUGGACUAGAAAUUAUAUCUGAAUUGGAGUAAUGAAUAUCUC